ACGACCCGGAAGUACCUCUCCAGUUCCCCCCGUAGCUGAUAUGGCGGCCGCCGCGGUCUCCCGGACGCUGCUCUCUGCCGCCCAGCGGCGGCUGUGGGGGUUCAGCCGAAGGCUCCCACAUGGCGGCGCCUCUGCUCAGCCGUGGUGUUGUGGAGGGAGCCGACUAAGAAGCACACAGGCUGCUGCUCAGGUUGUUCUGAAUGUUCCCGAGACACGUGUUACAUGUUUGGAAAAUGGACUCCGAGUCGCCUCUGAAAACUCUGGGCUCUCAACGUGUACAGUUGGGCUGUGGAUUGACGCUGGGAGCCGAUAUGAAAACGAGAAGAAUAACGGAACAGCUCACUUCCUGGAGCACAUGGCCUUCAAGGGCACUAAAAAGAGGUCCCAGUUAGACCUUGAACUUGAGAUUGAAAAUAUGGGUGCUCAUCUUAACGCCUACACCUCCAGAGAACAGACCGUGUACUAUGCCAAAGCUUUCUCUAAAGAUUUGCCAAGAGCUGUGGAAAUUCUUGCUGACAUAAUUCAGAACAGCACGCUGGGGGAAGCAGAGAUUGAGCGUGAACGUGGAGUGAUCCUCAGAGAGAUGCAGGAAGUUGAGACCAACUUGCAGGAAGUUGUGUUUGAUUACCUUCACGCCACAGCUUAUCAGAACACUGCGCUUGGGCGGACCAUCCUGGGACCAACUGAAAAUAUCAAGUCUAUAAACCGGAAGGACUUAGUGGAUUACAUAACCACGCACUACAAAGGACCAAGGAUUGUGCUCGCUGCUGCUGGAGGUGUUUGUCACGACGAGCUGCUUGAGUUGGCCAAGAUUCACUUUGGUAACUCUUUGUGCACACACAGAGGUGAAGUGCCAGUUCUGCCUCCUUGUGAGUUCACCGGAAGCGAGAUCCGAGUGAGGGACGACAAGAUGCCUUUGGCACACCUUGCAAUAGCUGUUGAAGCGGUUGGCUGGGCACAUCCAGACACAAUCUGUCUCAUGGUUGCAAACACACUGAUUGGCAACUGGGAUCGCUCUUUUGGAGGAGGAAUGAAUUUAUCCAGCAAGCUGGCCCAGCUGGCUUGUCACGGCAGUCUGUGCCACAGCUUCCAGUCCUUCAACACGUCCUACACAGACACCGGACUGUGGGGACUCUACAUGGUCUGUGAACAAGCGACGGUGGCUGACAUGCUGAACGCUGUGCAGAAGGAAUGGACGCGACUCUGUACCAGUGUGACCGAGGGUGAAGUAGCACGAGCAAAGAACCUCCUGAAAACAAACAUGCUGCUGCAGCUUGACGGCUCGACUCCAAUUUGUGAAGACAUCGGCAGGCAGAUGCUAUGCUAUAACAGGAGAAUUCCCAUCCCCGAGCUUGAAGCAAGAAUUGAUGCUGUGAAUGCAGAGAUGGUUCGAGAAGUCUGUACCAAGUACAUUUAUGACAAAAGUCCAGCCAUUGCUGCCCUCGGUCCUAUUGAGCGGUUACCAGAUUUUAAGCAGAUUUGUAGUAACAUGCGCUGGAUUCGUGAUUAAUUUUUGUGAUCAAAUAUUCUGCGCACAUAUAUAUUUAUAAAACUAGAGAUCUUGAGAUUUAUCGAGCUGCCAGUCUCCAAAUGGAAAAAUAAAAACGUAUGUGGAC